AUGUUCUCUUUUGCAAAGAAACUAGUCGACAGGCUCGAAGGAAACAUCCCCAGCCUGGCAGACGAAACAUACUUCAAAGGUCUUCUCCACGCAAACAACAAUGGUUAUGCUCUUCGAGUAUUGCACGUCCAGUCACAUUCGAUCGGCCGUCUGGCUGGCCUUGAAGCGUGGUUUGACUAUAUUGUCCGGAUUAAUAACCACGAUUUACCAAUGAAAUAUUCAAUGGCUUCAACACCAACCUAUGGAAUCAAUGACGACGGUUCUAUCUCCUACGGAGGUCGGACUGUGGAUGCUCGUGCUGGUGAAAUUGACUACGAUAACUUGGCUCAGGAAUUGGCUGCUAUAGCAACCAGUGCAAACAAAACCGUAACAUUGGACGUUUGGAGUGCCAAGGGUGGCAUUUUACGCCAAGUGAAUUUGCCAAUUGAUCUGUAUACUUAUGUUGCCAACAAGCAACAUGAUCAAGUACAAGAGAUAUUUCACGAUAAGUUCAAACAACUUGGCAUAACUGUGCAAUCACAACAUAUCAACACGGCUACGUACGUUUGGCGUGUUUUAAACACUCAUCCCAACUCGCCAGCUUUCCAGGCUCAACUCAUCCCGUAUCUGGACUAUGUGAUUGGAUGUGAUUCUGCAUUUCCAACAGACCACAAUGGGAAGGGUUUGUUAUUGCAAGGCGGAGAAAAACUACUCUCCAGGACUAUUAUGGAUCACUACAACCAACAUUUUGCUAUACUUGGUGAGGAUAACGUUCCUAUUACCUUGUAUGUGUAUAAUCAUGAUUACGAUAUCUUAAGACCAGUGACUGUGCAUUUGUCCAAAUCAUGGGCCGUGGGCAGCAAUCGUGGAAUCUUGGGCUGCGAUGUGGGCUAUGGUCUUCUACAUCGGAUUCCAGAGGUAGUUGGUAAGUUUGACGCCAAAGAGACGAUUGAUGAUGUUUUGUUUGAGAGUAAGUCUGACUACUCCUACAAAUUCGAUGAGAGGGCCCCUGGAACAACUAACAAAUCCUUCACACCAUCCGUCCCAUUGUCUAAUCCUGCUUCAGCCCUCGUCUCUACCACAGCAUCGAAACCGGCUUCUACGUCUGGUUCAUUACCUCAUGUUCCAGUAUCUAACCACGUCUCUGUGCCUCCUUCUCUGGCAAAUCUGAUGGGAAUGGUAGCCUUCGAGCCUGAUCUUGACCAUACGAAACUUUCUGCUUCCCAGGCACAUUUUCCACCAUCUAGGAAUGCUGAAGUCCGAACCCCACUGAUUGCCGAUUUCCUGGCAACACCUCCAGUUUCGACACCUCCAGUUUCGACACCUCCAGUUUCGACACCUCCAGUUUCGACUCCUCCAGUUGAAGCUUCUCCAAUCGGUGCAUCUAAUGUACCACUUCACCAGACUCCCCUGGCCCCUAUUCAGAAUGCUACAUUUACUAGCGCCUCCACACCUCCUCAUUCGGCCGCCCCAAGGGUGGGAGUACCUCCAUCCAUUGCGCCACCUAAAAUUCACAGAAAGAAGAAGCAUUUCGCAGCAAGUGGCCUAGGUAACUUGACUGAUUUCAUGAAUGAAGAAUUGACUAAGUCGAAGAAUAGUGAUGUCAAAUACCCUAACUCUGAUACUGCGAAUGUACCUCCACCACCACCUCCACCAAAAUCAGCAAGAUAA